GGCGACCACAGCGCGCGGGGCGGAAGUGCCCAAGGUGGCGGCCUGAGGGUGUGGGUGGCGCGGACCAUGGCGGAGAAGUUCGACAGCCUGGAGGAGCAUCUGGAGAAAUUCAUCGAGAACAUUCGGCAGCUCGGCAUCAUCGUCAGCGACUUCCAGCCCAGCAGCCAGGCGGGCCUCAACCAGAAACUAAAUUCUAUGAUUACGGGACUACAAGAUGUUGACAAAUGCCGACAACAGUUGCAUGAUAUUAAUGUACCGCUGGAAGUAUUUGAGUACAUUGAUCAAGGUCGAAACCCACAACUUUACACCAAAGAAUGCCUGGAGAGAGCCUUGGCCAAGAAUGAACAAGUCAAAGGGAAAAUUGAUACCUUGAAGAAAUUCAAGGGACUUCUGAUUCACGAACUGAGCAAAGUUUUUCCUGAAGAAAUGUCCAAAUACAGAGCUAUCCGAUGUGAAGAUCAUCUGCCCACGUAGCUAGACUCAAUGUGUUUUAUUUUGCAGAACUAUAUUGCUUCCUUUUUCCAGGAAACCAACCUGAAUGUGGCUAGCUUUAUGUAGCCUGAGAAAUUACUCUUGACUGCUUUAAAGGAAUACAUCAUUUGUUUCCAAAACAUGAGGCACAGCAGAAUAUCACUGAGAAAGAAGCAAAUGCCUUUUUACAUUCUGGAUGCAUUAGUGUUUACAUUGAAUGGAUUUAGUUGGUAUGUGUGCGAUGACAAAGGCAACAUCACAACUGUAUGGGGUAGAUGAAUUUAGUUAAAACUGAUUUUGAGAUACUUUUGUACCAGUAUACAUGAUGAAUUCAAUUUCUAUAUUGCUGGACUGUACAGCAAUUUUUGUAAUAAAGUAAGUUCUUUGCUACCAGAAUGCUCAAUGGAAUUUUGCUUUAACAUGUUUUAAUUUGUUUUAAAUCAUAAAUUUAAAGGGAUACAUAAUAUGAAAAAAUCCAGAGUGCAAAAAAACUAGUUAGGAAUAACAUAGAAUCUGGAGUUCUUGGAGUCCAACUCGCAUUACCUUUAGAAACAGUAAUUUCUUUUCUUUACACAGUUAUACAGCAUGUAAGCACGUUAAAUCAGCCACGAUCGAAUGGCGGAGCAGACUCGAUGGGCCGAAUGGUCCAAUUCUGCUCCUAUGUCUUAUGGUGAGCAGGCCCUACGGUCCACUGAGUCCGCACCACCCAUCAAGCAUCUAUUUGCAUUAAUCUCAUUUUAAAAUAUUUUCCCCACAUUCUCAGCCAUUCUGCCCAGUUUGUACCUAGAAGGGGCAAUUUACAGUGGCCAAUUAACAUAUGAACCCACACAUCCUUGGGAUGUGGGAGGAAACAAUAGCACCCAGAGGAAAUCCACGUGGUCACGGAGAAUGUGUAAACUUCAUACAGAUGACACCCGAGGUCAGGAUUGAACCCAGGUUUCCGAUACUGAGAGGCAGCAGCUGUAUCUCCUGGGUGUAUUAUGAAGCACUAAUAAGUACCUCCGGAAUCAUCAUUCCCACACUUCAGCAGUUGACAACAUAUCUUUAUAAAAGUACUAGUUAGUGUCAAGUAAACAGUUCUCUGGCAAUUCCUUAUACUGUGGAAGGGGUGGGGGGAACAGAGUAUUUUUCUGUUAAGGUUGGAUUUUUAUUGAAAGCACAUGUUUGAACAAAAGUUUUUGACCUAUAUGCUAUCAUAUUGGAAAGCCAUUUUAAAAUUAAUAUCAUGAGUGUCUUUGAACAAGAUAAUUGCCAAUUAAAUGCACAUUUCUCAUACUUCCCUUUCACUAAUUCCAUGUAUGGUGCUAUGGCCCAUCCAACCAGUUGUGCAAGGAACCAUUUCAAAAUCUACAACUAUGCAGUAUGUAAUCUGGCUUCCAGAAGGUGCUUAAGGUACGGAUGUAUUUGUACUUUGUCUUCGAUGUUCUUCACCCUCUUUGGAUAAAUCACUGACCACUUGCCAUACUGUAAUAAUUUACAAUGUUUACAUGUGGUCAGCCAGAACAGUUGAAGUAUAACCUGGGGCCCACUGUCUUAAUAUUUGUAACUAUUUCCUCAAUGUUAUGAUUGCAGAUACUUGUAAAUUGAUGUAUAGCAAUGGAAAUAACAUGUCAGUAUGUUAAUAAAUAAAAGAUGAGAAAAAGAUUUACAUCAAACUGUCAGGAAUUUGAUGACCCUGUACACUCUCUGGGGUCCAAGGAUCCACUUUGGAAACCUAUUUGGUAUAAGAAUGUAUCAAAAUUAAAAUAAAAUUGAGAACUAAAACAA